AUGCGCGAGCCGAAUCCUCCUCCGGGCAUGAGCCAUUCUCCCGCCUACUACGAACAUACCAGAUCCUCCAAUAGUUCCUUUACGGCUCCUAGAGACCAGCUUUCACCGCGGAGACCACCCCAUGCCUACCUCGGCAGCAAUCAAGAGCAUCUGCCCAACGCAGACCACGUCAAGACCUCCAUAUCCAGUGCUACGUCAGGCUCGACGGAUGCUACAGACCCAAGAAAUCACAAUCCCGCUCGGCCUUACCAAUACGGCCCGGCGGCGGAGAGAGGUCAUGCGCAGGAUCGACGUGGCCGACAUUCGCAGUUAAGCCCUGCUGCUUCGCAUCGAGUGUCCAACAGCGCCCACGGCCACAGAGAAAUGGUGCAAGCGCCUCCUCCAACGGUCAUCAGGUACAUCCAAGAAGAUGGGGACGAUGAAGAGGAAGAGAAGCCUGACCAUGCCAUUUGGAUUCUGUUCUGGAUGUCAUGUCUCGACCCGUUGUUCAGCCUCUUCAGCUGUCUCUUCACCAUCUUCACAUUGUUGGCCUUGGUCGCUUGCUCGCCUGUGCGGUUAUGCAAACCGGACUGGUCCUUCAGUCUCUCAUUGAUUCGGACCAUUUGUCCGCUGUAUCGCAAACAUCUACAACUAUUAUAUGCGUCAUCCGUCGACAACGCUCAUAACUUCGAGUUCAGUCCGAUGAAGCUUAUUGCGAUUCACGCCACGGCACCAUUGCUCAGCAUAUGCUUUGCCUUUUUCUCUUGGAUCGCCGCAGUCUUUUGGCUGUUCGCGAUUACCAUGGGCAACCCGGACGGCACCGAGAAGCGAGACGAUGGACGUGCGACUGUACUCAUGGCGAGAAACCGGUGGGAGAGGUACUUGCUUCUUGCGCUACGGCGGCGAUGA